AUGCACCCUUCUGUUGAUGUUAUUAGCGAGGAUGGCUAUGUCUUGACUCCUCAAAAACAUUCUUUUGAAGCCUCAGGCUCUGUAACUUCCGGACACAAAAGGAGCAGCUUAGCUUCUUCAGAUUUGGUCCGCUCCGCGCUCGUUGAUCAGGUCAAUCAGAUUGACCAUGAUGUUUGUGCUGCAGGUGACGAAGAUUCGUUUUUUGUUGCCGAUUUGGGCCAGGUUUUCCGCUCAUUCCAAUUGUGGAAGGAAACGUUGCCUCGCGUGCAGCCUUUUUACGCCGUCAAGUGCAACACUGACCCCCACGUGGUGCUGUUACUUGGCCGCAUGGGCGCCAACUUUGACUGUGCUUCGAAGACGGAAAUCGAUACUGUGUUGGGUCUUGGUUUCACUCCAGACCGCAUUAUUUAUGCGAAUCCUUGUAAAACCAACUCGUUCAUUCGUCACGCUUGCGAGAAGAAUGUCAACCUCACCACAGUUGACAAUGCGAACGAGCUUUACAAGUUGAAGCGGUUCCAUCCUCGUACUCGUAUAUUGAUUCGUAUCGUCACCGACGAUGAAUCUGCUCAGUGCCGCUUGUCCACCAAGUUCGGAUGCACCGUGGAAGUGGCUGUGAACCAGUUGUUGCCAUUGUGUCGCGAAUUGGACCUUGACGUUGCUGGAGUGGCAUUCCAUGUUGGUUCUGGUGCCACUUGCUUCGACUCCUUCUUUCAUGCCAUCAAAGAUGCACGGCGGAUCUUUGAUGCGGGUGAACAGUUAGGGUUGCGCUUAACAAUUUUGGAUAUUGGUGGUGGAUUUGAGCCUUGCAGCUUUGAUGCUGCAACACAAGUGGUGAACAGAGCUUUGGAUACGUUCUUCCCCACCACUUAUGCCCAACAACAUGGCAUGCAAUUCAUUGCUGAGCCUGGCCGGUUCAUGGUGGCAAACGCGUUUACGUUGGCCACACACAUUAUUGCUCGCCGUGACUUGGACUCGAACUCGGGCAUGGAAGCCAUGCUCUACAUCAAUGAUGGAGUCUAUGGAAACUUGAACUGUGUUCUCUUUGACCACCAACACCCGGAGGCCAAAGUGUUGAAACACGCUGGGAAGAUGUUUCCAGGCGAGAUGGACGGAGAAACCCAGUCUCAGCACUACAACUUCUCCAUCUGGGGUCCCACAUGUGACGGAUUGGACUGUGUAUCAUCCAAAACAGCAUUGCCUGCCAAUGUGGGUGUUGGCGACUGGUUGUACUUUCCUGAGUUGGGCGCCUACACUUCUGCGGCUACAACGUCCUUCAAUGGCUUCAGCGGCUGUGCAAAGGUCAACUACGUGUGCUCUGUAGACCUUGGUGAGUACGGUUAUUAA